AUGGCCUUGGAGCCGGACUUGAAAGAAGAGCUUUGCGAUCAAAUUCACGAUUGUAUCAACAAACGUGGCGUUCACCAAGAAUGCGACGUCGGGUGGUUUCGUCAAGAUCUUAAACCAAAUCCACCAACACGCCUCAUAGAUGUUGAUACCAAUGAUCCCAGUAUUGUUCGACUCAUCGUAACCGCCGAGGAUUUGCACAAAGACUUCAUCCCUAAGUAUCUGACGCUCAGUUAUUGCUGGGGCUCUACCAAUGGACACGCAAAAACUACCCGAGCAACAAUAGCUGCAAGGCGCGAAGGGAUCGCAGUACAUAGCCUCCCGAAGACUAUACAAGAUGCUAUACAACUUACGCGGCUAUUGAAGUUUCGAUACUUGUGGAUUGAUGCUAUAUGUAUCAUUCAAUCAGAUCUUGACGAUGUGUACCUUGACGAUUGGAACACAGAAGCACCGCGCAUUGGAUCGUACUACCUACAUUCUAAAUGCCUCAUCUCGGCGUCCGCUGCUUCGGAUAGCAGCCAGGGGCUUUUUGUCAAGCAGAAUGCUCGAAGGUAUCCUCUGAGAACGUGUGCACUGGCUUUCAGAAAUGAAAAGCAAGAGUAUAUCUGUCUCUCUGUACCAAGGCCAUCGCCUUCAGAAGAUUGGUCCGCUGAGCCGCUGAGAUCAAGAGGAUGGUGUUUACAAGAGGCUGUUCUGUCACCCCGUAUCCUCCAUUGGUCCAAGCAUGCCCUGAUAUGGCAGUGUCACGGAACAACGAAAAGUCCUACUUAUGGAUAUGAUUUGAACACCGCCCGAGAUAUACGAACCAGCCAAUCUCAUAUCAGUUUUGCUCAAGAACCAGACCAUGCUAUGGCGAUUGCAUGGACGGAGCUUAUCUCACGAUACUCUAAGAUGCAUUUCACCUACGAGACUGAUCGACUCGUUGCAAUUCAAGGCUUGGCUAACCGACUUGUUGACCUUCACGGUGGCGAGUACUUUGCCGGAGUGUUUUGUUCACACCUUGCUGAUGGGUUGCUAUGGAAGAAUUCGUACGACAAGGCUCACAAUGCACUGGCCGGAGUUCCCACCUGGUCUUGGGCUACGAGGUGCCUCAAUAUUUGGUUUCUUCCAGUCUCACAUUCUUUCAUACGGUCUACGAAACCAAAUGUCUUCCCGUACAACCGUAGCCCCAUAAAUCUCGAUACUCCCGAGAAACGUGCUCUUCGAUUCGAAGCUCCACUGCUCAACAUAAACCUGGGAAGACCUUUCACGGAAACCGAUAUCGUUUCAACAGUGCAAAGACCUGUGUUUUCAUGUCACGUCAGCUUCACAGAAGACAGUGAAGACGAAUACGUCGUGAAUUUUGAAUACGAUGCAGAAAGACUUAUGCCCGAGAGAUUUGAUAUGCUAGAGGUGCUUUUUCUCGGACUGCAUGUGCUUCAUAAAUUGCGGGGAUAUAUCAGUCCGAGUGAGUUUGAAGAGUCAACUGUUGUUGAUCCUGAUACUAUAGUAUCAUGUGAAGGGAUCCUCUUGCGAAAGGCAGGCCAAUACUAUGAGCGUAUUGGGAGGCUUGAUUUUGAUAUGCCCAAGAAUUACAAACGCCGGACAAGCUUGAAGAAGCUGAUGGACAGUAAUAGAAAGAACGUUUGCCUUAUAUAGAUAUCUUAACAUAAUAUUCGGCUUGAUAAAAAGACCUGAUAGUCUGAGAAGAUAGCCCGAUGUUGUUCUUUUCUUAGGCCGGAAAUUACAGUCUCCUCUGACUGAGAGAAUAGAGC